AUGUCGCCUGAAAUAAUUCUCGUCAAUUAUUAUUUUUUAUUACUUAUCUUUAAUUUGGUACCAUUACGAUAUGUUUCUACAAAGAUUAUCACUGCUAAUGUUAACAACAGAUAUCAUAAUGUAGAGCAAUUAUCAAAUAAACAUGAGACAGAAUGUCCACGUGGUUGGACACGUUACGAACGUACCAAAUCCUGCUUUCAAGUAAUCGAACGUCGGAUGCGUUGGUCUGAAGCAGAACGAGCAUGCGCUAAUUUUGGUGGACAUUUAGCAUCGAUUACGGAUGAAUAUGAAAAUAUGUUUGCUUUUAAUCUAGCAAAGGAUGCAAAUUUGUCAACGCCAACAUUAUGGUUGGGACGAUUGGUGAAAUUAACACAAACCGGAGCAUAUGAAUGGAAUGAUGGUGCAAUAGGAAGACAUACCGAUGGUUUUCGAGAAUUACCAUCUGGAACAGAUUUAUGCUUAACAAUGUGGCUUGAUUUUGAUCGUCCGGAAGGAUCCUGGAAUGAAUGGGAUUGCAAUUAUGUUUCCGGUUAUUCGGCACUCUGUAAACGUUCACUGAAAAGAACACCAAUUACUACAACCGCAACAUCCAAUACUCGAUCCGGUACUCAUUCCGGUUUAUCAUAUUAUAGUCGUCGAUGUUGUUUAAUUUCAUCACUAUGUCACAAUACAAGUCAAUCAUGUACACCUGAAGAACGCUGUAUUCCGGAUGACUUAGAUUGCUGGGCUAAAAUUUGCCCUAAUGGCGGAAUUGGCUGGUGUUUACCGCUCCCAAAAAUUUAA